AUGGCAGCUCUGACGAUACAACGGACUGACAACUUUCUGCACACCUUUUUACAGGACCGGACCCCCAGCUCGUCCCCAGAGGGAGCCCCCAACACCCUGUCCUUCUUGGCCACCACCUGUAGCCAGGCCUGGCAGGUGGGGGGGACGGUUGUGGGAGGCACUGUGGGCUCCAUGGUGGGCUCUGAUGGUUCCCAGUUUCCCUAUGAGGGGUCCAUGAGGGUGGGUGCAGCCUCCGGGAUGUUCCAACUGUGGAGCAACGAGGUGGCGGUGGCCCCUAGUUCUAGUCUCAGUGCCUCCAGCCUCACUGCAGCCGCAGCCGCCCACCAGGCCAUGACGUUAACGGUGCCCAAGGUCCAGUUCCCUGUUGGACAUGGACACAGUCUGCAGGCUGGCCUGGGUCCUCACCCCCACCCCCACGCGCUCCACCAUUACCACCACCAUCACCACCACCACCACGAGCUGCCCCUGACUCCGCCGGCCGAGCCUCCGUCCGCCUACUCCUUCGAGCUCUCUCCAGUCAAGGUCCUCUCGUCCCAGAGCCAGGGCCCCAAUGGGCCGCCCUACUACCCUCAACACAACACAGUCUCUGUGGGACAGAACUUCCCCAGCUUCCUCCAGAACUCUGCCUCUUCUGCCAGGCACCAUCUAUCCGGAGGACACCACCACGUGGGGGAGGAGGGCCAGCAGGGGUGGUGGAGCCUCCCCCAGACCACUGGCCACAGCAGCUCAUCCAACCACCCCCACGCUUUCUCCCUGGGCCGGCAGCUGGUCCUGGGUCAACAGCCCCAAAUCACAGCCCUCCUCCAGGGCACCUCCAAGGGCCUGUUAUCCUCCACUCGCCGCUGCCGUCGCUGCAAGUGCCCCAACUGCCAGGCCAACGGCAGGGGACUCGAGUUUGGCAAGAAGAGACUGCACAUCUGCCACAUCCCAGAGUGCGGCAAGGUGUACAAGAAGACGUCUCACCUGAAGGCUCACCUGCGCUGGCAUGCCGGGGAGAGGCCGUUCAUCUGCAACUGGCUGUUCUGUGGGAAGAGCUUCACGCGCUCCGACGAGCUACAGCGCCACCUCAGAACACACACCGGAGAGAAGAGGUUUGGAUGCCAGCAGUGUGGAAAGAGGUUCAUGAGGAGCGACCACCUCUCCAAACACGUCAAGACUCACCAGAGUAGGAAGAGCCGGUCCGGUGGGAACACGUCAGACUCUCUAUUGGCCAAUAUCAAGAGAGAGUAAAGCAGACUAUGAGGGCCGCAUUAUAGAGUCAAGAGAUUGCAACGUGUGACUGCACUGUAACUAACUGCCACAGACCCUGAGAUAGAGUGGAGCGAACCACGAGGACAGAUUAUACACUCUAGCAUAUUCUGUUGUCGUGAGAGGUAUUUCAUAACAAGGGAAACCAAGUGCGUGGCGAGGUUUAGGAUUUAUUUAUGGAUACAGAGCAUUCACUGUGAUGGGCAUUUCUAGUUAUCACACAAAAUGAUUAGCAAGAUCAAAGGAACUCUUUCCUCUUAAUGAUGACAUGGUUCCAACAGUGAUCAUCUAUCAAAGUCCAAGGCAUUCAUUUGAUUUACAUUUGAUUUGUAAUAUUAAAAUGUAAAUAAUUCAGCAAAUGUGUGUAAUAUGCAAAUAAUCAACUUUCUGCAUGUUUCACCUUUUAGAAUCUGGAAAUCUUUUUGGUUAAUGAACUGUUAAUUAC